UUAAGACUUAAAAAUGUGUAGCAAGGGUAUGCUUGCUAUGGCAGCGUCUAUUAGAAAAGGGAAAAUGCGCAAAAUAUGAGGGAAAACGACAGGGAAAUCGACCGUAGACAGACCAAACGCCUGAGGAGACGGUAAGGAGAGGCAGCUGAAUGCGCGUAGGAGAGAAGGAGAGGAGUAGAGGCGUAGGAGAGGACCAGGAGUACAGGAGAGGAGGAGAGAAUCAGGAGAGGAUCCAGAGCGCAGGAGAGGACCGGGAGUAUAGGAGAGCAGCAGGAGCGCAGUGCUGCUGUAUAUCAUUAGGGAGGGGAAAACCGCAGCUCCCACACUGUGUUCUCCCACCGACAGGAAACUGCUGCACGCUCUGAAACCGACCCGGAGUGUGUGUGUGUAUGUGUGUGUGUGUGUGUGCAGGCCCGGCCCGGUGAAGAUAAGGCGCGUCCCCGCUGCGUGUGAGCGCGUGAUGGGAGUGAAUGAAGGGAGCGCGCACGGACAACGCGGCGUCGACCAUGUCACGGAACCUCGGCACCCUCCUUUACGCGUUUACCUUCAUCCAGAGUGUCAUCUCUGCAGAGUCAGAAGAGCGGCUCAUGAACUGGCUCCUCUCAAAGGAUCGUUAUAACAACCUCAUCCGGCCUGCCCUGAACAGAACGGAAAGAGUGACCGUGAAUCUGCAGGUCUCUCUGGCACAGCUCAUCAGCGUGAAUGAGAGGGAGCAAAUCAUGACGACAAACGUAUGGCUCACACAGAACUGGAAUGAUUACAGACUGUCGUGGGACCCGUCCAAAUACGAGGGAAUUGACAAGCUCCGAAUUCCCUCCCGACACAUCUGGCUACCUGACAUUGUAUUAUACAAUAACGCUGAUGGCACGUAUGAGGUGACAGUCUUCACCAACGCUAUCGUGCUGUUUAACGGCAGCAUCGCCUGGCUUCCUCCUGCCAUCUACAAGAGCGCCUGUAAGAUUGAGGUCAAGCACUUCCCCUUUGACCAGCAGAACUGCACACUAAAGUUCCGCUCAUGGACGUACGACCACACGGAGCUCGAUCUUGUCCUAAAAUCUGACGUGGCCAGUAUGGAUGACUUCACUCCUAGUGGAGAGUGGGACAUUUUAGCUCUGCCAGGAAGGAGGACAGUCAACCCUCAGGACCCGACUUACGUGGACCUGACGUAUGACUUUAUCAUCAAGCGAAAACCUCUCUUCUACACCAUCAACCUCAUCAUCCCCUGCGUCUUGAUCACCUCUCUGGCCAUCCUGGUUUUCUACUUACCAUCUGAUUGUGGUGAGAAGAUGACCCUGUGCAUCUCUGUCCUCCUGGCCCUCACUGUCUUCCUCUUACUGAUCUCCAAAAUUGUUCCUCCGACAUCCCUGGAUGUCCCUCUAAUUGGCAAGUACCUGAUGUUCACCAUGGUGCUGGUGACCUUCUCCAUCAUCACGAGUGUAUGCGUACUCAACGUGCAUCAUCGAUCCCCGAGUACGCAUACCAUGCCGAAGUGGGUGAAGCUGGUCUUCCUGGACAAACUUCCCAUGUUGCUUUUUAUGCGAAGGCCUGAAGGGCUCUCAUCCCGGCAGAGGCUACGCCAGCGGAGACAUCUCAAAGGUAAUAAGGCCUUGCUUGGGCUUAGGUGUGGAGCUCCCUGCAAGUCAGGAAUCUCCUCUUCCGCCUCAGUCUUGCUUGCUGCAUCUUCAUCAUCAGUGCUGUCUUCACCAGGACACUUUUACAACAAAGGGACGAGCUUUCACAGGAAAGGUGAUCAGCGGGCUACAGAGUUCCUGCCCAACCAGGGAGACAUGAGAGGAGGUGGAGGGCAAUCAGAUCUGGGGGCAGAUGUUCAAGAAGCAGUGGAUGGUGUUCGUUAUGUAGCUGACCACAUGAUGGGAAAUGAUGAUGAUCAGAGUGUCAUUGAAGACUGGAAGUACGUCGCCAUGGUGGUGGAUCGGCUGUUUCUCUGGAUCUUUGUAAUUGUGUGUGUGGUCGGGACGUUGGGCCUUUUCCUUCAGCCAGUCUUCCAGAACCAGACAGUUCCUAUCUCUCAGCCGAAUGUUGAAUCCGCUAGGAGGGAUGGGAUGUAAAGAAUGCAUCGAUAUGGGAUGACAAAUACCAGGUCUAAAUUUCCAAAAAGGCAUUGAAAAAGGACUUGUGGUAUAAUCUUGAAGACGGUUUUCUUUUAAUAUGAAGGAUAAAUCAGUCCUGAAUGAUGGAUAGAAACGAUGAAGACUUUAUAAUGGAUGGCUGAAUGCUUUCAGGAUUACAGCACAAGUCAAAUCACCUUGACUGAUUUCUUUAGACCUUGAAAAACGCCUAUAGGCAUCCAACCAGGGCGAAAAAUGUCACGGAUUUUUGAUUAGACAGCGUCAAGGUCAUCGAUUAGCUAACAUCACUUGCCUUCAUAAUUAAGUCCACUGACAUGGACAGCCAGUGGUGCUUCAAGGUAAUAAGUUUAUAUUAGGACACUUCAUCUUAAGACGAGGUCACUGUUCUGGUCAGAAAAAUAUUCUUUCAAUAAACCAUGAAUGAAAUAUUUAUCAGUCCAUGCGUAAUGGUUCAAUGGUUUCUUCAACUGUCGCAGGGCAAUACAGUUGAUUUUUUUUUUACCACAAAUAUUCGAUUACCAUGAAUAAUACAAAUCGAAUAAAAGGUUGUCUAAUAAAAAUCA